CGCUUUCGUUUCGUUCUCGUUCUGUCUUCCCGCCUCUGCUUUUUUCCAAGCCUUCCGCGCUUGUUCUGUGGACCACUUUCUGACACACAGCGACACCUUUAACCCCCCUUCGGCCCCCCUUCCCCACGGUUUCACUGGACAAGGCACAGAGAGAGAGACGUAAAGCAAACUGUCACCUCCACGAAUGGCGAGCAGCAGCGGCGGCACCAGCAGCGGCAGCAGGCCUGCGACUGGCACUCCACCGGCGACUGGGACUGCUCCUGGGACUGCUCCUGGGACUGCUCCUGGGACUGGGACUGGGACUGGGACUGCGAGUCCGACCGUGGUGAGCGCAGGCAGCAUUCGGCUGCCCAAUGCAUUCAGCACAUUGGGCCCAGCAACAACGUCGUCGCCCAUUGCAGUGCCUGGCGCGGGUCCUCCACUCGCACAAGCACCAGCAGCAGCACCAGCAGCAACAGCGUCACAGCAGCAGCAGCAGCAGCUUCAUCAGAGUCGGGAGUCCGGGCGUCACCACUCGACUCACUCGCCGUCGCUGUCGUCGUCAUCGUCCACCCUGUCGACUGGGAGCUCCACUCGAACUGGCACGCGUCAACAACACCAGCAUCAGCAACACCAGCAUCAGCAACAGCAGUCCCAUGGCGGCGCAAAGAGCCGCAGCAGCAAACGCUCCAAUUGCCUCCACUCGCUGCUCUUUGCCAUCUAUGGCUUCUCGUCCCAGGAGAAGGAGGACAUUGCCGAGCGCAUCACAGCGAACGGCGGCCACAUUGCCACGAGUGCCAACAAACAGCUCGAUUUCUUUGUCACAACGAAGGCCGAGGUUGCGAAUCGCUCAGCAAGACUGCUCGAGGCGUACGAACGAUGCGGCGCUGUCGUGUUUGUUUCCAAGCAGUUUGUUCUCGACAUUGACGAGCAGCGCAAGGAGGUCGACUACCAUCCAUACCUGGUUUGGACGGGCCAUGACAGCUUGACGCCAGAGACGACGAGUUACCUGGCGCAGUCCACCCAUGCGCACCCCUCAGGUGGUUUCAGUCUCACCUCGCUCUCAGACGAAGAGAGGAGCUCGCAGUAUCACUCUGACUCGACCAAUUCGUCUCGCUUUGACGUUGGCCAGUCGACCGAAGAUAGCUCUGAGGGUUCCGGAUCGGAAAUUGACGAUGUCUACGUCAUGUCCCCGCCCUCCACGUCGCACAUGCGGAAACGAUCGCACCACGUUCCACACCACCCAUCCUUCAGUGCGCGCUCGGUUCAGCGCCGCAACACCACCGGCAACAUGUUGCGCAACAACUCCAGCUCGUCCGUCGGUUCGUCCAGUGACAAGGGCACCGCUGCGGGUGCUGCUGGGAAUGCGCCCGCGCGUUCGGCCUCCAUGUCUCGCAUGCACAGCCAGCCAACCGGACUGGGCUCGGCCGGGUCGUCCACAAACUCGCUUGGCGGCGCCGGUCCACCGAGCCCGUACAGCGCAAGCUCCUCGCCUGCGCCCAGCAGUAAUUUGCGUCGUACGACACCCAACCAAUCUCAAGCCUCAUUGGCACAGAUAUUCCCUCAGCCAAUCUCAUUGACCAGCGAUGGCGCGAGGUUCAGUCGCGUCCCUGCUGGCACCAGCACGGCCAGCACUCCAAGCCCGAUGCUCAGUCGCACAGGCUCUGUUUCGGGCACCGCGAGUCCAUUCGACGAAGGCGGCGAUUCGAUGCUCCACCAGCAAUUUCAGUCGACCUCAGUGUCGCCUGGCUUGAAUGCCGACGAGCAAAGCGACGAGCAGAGCACUCCCACAUCUCCACACGAAGUGGGAGCCGAUGAUCCUUGGUUUAGCAACGCCGCCGGGAGCGCCAAGCACGCCAAAAAGAAGAAGAAGCGCCAGAGCGCCAAGGAGCGCGAGCGUGAGCGGCUCUACAAGGAAAGCCUCCAGACCCGCCUCUCAUCGUCACCCGUGGAGUCAAUGUUGUACCGCCAUCAGCCACCACCGCGAGAACUCACCAAGCCUGCAACUCCCGCCGGAAACUUUGCUGGGGCUUCUGCUGGCACGCCCUCCUCCUCCAAGGUCCUCUCCACGGAGACGUCGUCAGGGCGCCGUGAUCCUGCCACUGCCACCAGCCCGGCCAUCCCUGAGCCUGCAGAGUCCAGCACUGAUCUGCACCUCACCUCCCAGGAUCUCGAUCGGGCGCUAGAGAUGCACAACUUUUUCUCUCCGACGCCUUCGGGCGCAAACUCGGGCUAUGUGUCACCGCUUGACGCCAAUCCGGACACAAUGUUUCCAAGGGAUUACGCCCCAAAGCGGGUCGCUUCAGGAGCUGCUGCCCGCGCCAUCCCAGGUGGCGAGCCUCAGCCAUUGGUGGAUUCUUCAUUGCUAAACGAGUGGUUUCCGCAAGUCCAGCAGCGCGUCAAAACGGUGCUCCAACAGCGUGUCAAGCAGCAACAGCUCUAUCAGCAGCAGCUGGACGAUCGCCGCCUGGAAGAUGCGAAAGCAAAGUUCCGCCGAGAUCUAUGGCUGGAAUUGCGAGCCUUCUCGGCUGGUCACACGAUUGACGAAGAGAUGGAUGCACUGCCCUCGGAGCAAGAUCUCGCCACCGUCAUCAUUCGUGAUGCGAUGCGAUUCCAGGUCUCCCCUGUCGCGUCCUUCUCCUUGGAACAUGCCAUUAUCGAAGUCAAUCACCGGCUUGAACAGGUCGAGCUUGCCGAACGGACCUUCUACAACGCUUUCGAGCGUAAAAUCUCGUGUCAGCUGAGUCAGAAGGAAGAAUUGGCGCUCAAACAUCGCUUGGACGACAUGUCGCUGUGGCUCAAUGUCACUCGCGACCUAAUUCUGCGCUUCCGCCUGGCCGUGCCUUGGUUUGGUGUCCGCCCCAUGCCAAACCUCAACAUUACGCCUCAGUAUCAGUUUAGCAGCUUUAGCAACAACUCGGCCAUCGCUGGGCUUGCAUUGCAGGCGCCAAGCAGCGGCGCAACCGACUUUGCUGGCAGUGCCGACAGCGCUGCCGCGCCGACGGCAUUUGCCAGCUUGCCCAGCAUGACUCGCCCUGGUUUGACAUCAUACUCGCUUGCUGGGGGUUUGUCCACCCGACCCGCUCCAGUCUUGCAGCAGCACAACGACAGCACAAACAACAGCAGCAGCAAUCCCUCGCAGUUUGCUGUAUCUCUCAACCCAUCUGUUGACUCGAUCAACUCGACCUCGGGCUCGAUCAACUCGACAUCGGGCUCAAUCACUGCCCCCGCUGCGUCGCUGUCAUGCGAUGCGUCGUCCACCACACUCAUGCCUGUCGAUGCGUCUGCAUCUGCCAACGCACUCUCCCGUGAGGCAUCGAACGUCCCCAAAAUUGCCGUGUCGCGACAUUCGUUGCCUCCCUCCAGCACUGAGAGCACGGACUCUGUCCUGUCCGAGAUGGAAACGCACUACUCGCCUCAUCUUCGUCUGAUCUAUCCGACAGUUGCAACAUCGCCACCAGUCAUCAUGUCGCCCACCGAUCUUCCGCCCAAGCGCACGGGCUCGCCCCGCGGUGAAGGGUACUUUCUCGGAGACAGCAACGGUCACGCAUCCUCGCGCGGCUCCCAGAUUGCCUCGCCGCAUCCCAUUGUGCCAAAUGGUGUCAUCAACAGCAGCGCUCGGCAAAUGUCGCGACUCUCACUGAAUCCGCACUCCAGAGUCGAGCGGUACGGCGAGAGCACCGCUUCCUUCCUGCACGACCAAGGGUUGGCGGCGGCUGCCCGCAUGUCCGGCGAGGUUGGCGGUGGCCUGUCGAGCAUGACCCCGAUCUGGCUACCCAGUCCGCUCGUUCUCACGGAUGAUGCGGCCGCGCCCGCCGUUGGCAACCACCCAAACGGCUUGUGGCCGAGCCUCAAUGGGGUCCCAUUCACCCCUGUCACGCCAGCAACGCCAUUCACGCCCUUCUCAAUGACUGGGAGCGCCGGUGGCAGCAGCAGCACCACGCCUCCACCACUGUCGACUGGGCCUAGCUCAAUCAUCUCUCACAUUGCCCAAACAAAACCCUGCCUUGCCUUUGUGCGUCGCUCGCUCAAGCGUGAUGGCAUUCGGCAUGUGACUGAGCUCAUGAUGGACUUUCUUCACCCGACUCUGUCCAAGGCCAAGCGUGCCUUGGACGAACACCGCGCGGAAUUUGACAAGAUGGGCCUGCCUUCGUUUGAGCCACUGCUCAUUUAUCUGACGCGCGUGCCCUUGGGUGUCGUUCAAGAGUGUCUUCGCGAGCGACUCAACCAUCUCCCAGCGUCCAAGCUUUCCGUGGCGUCCAUCCAGCAGCUGAUUGUGGAUUUGCGCGAAUGCGUUACGCAAGCGAUUAACGUGCGAAAGAUGUGCCAGUCACUUGUUGAGUGGGUGGUUCCCCACCCUCCGACGGCAAGUGGCUCUUCUUCUUCUGCUGCUGCUGCUUCUGCUUCUGCCACAGCGGGAGGGACAUCCGCUCCUUCUGGUGGCCCGCCUUCGGCCCCAACGUCCAGCGGCACGUCAUCAAACCCUCCCUCGUUCACGGGAUCGACCAGUCUCUCCUUCCGCGAACGCGCAGACAUUGCCAGCCAGCUUGAGCGCGACUUUUACGAGUUUGAUGAAACACUCACGUCGGCUCUGGACGCCUACCUCAGUCUGUUGUGCGAUCGCCUCAAAAUCAGCUUGCAGGCCUCCCAGCCCUCCAGCGACACCAAGUCCAUUCUCGAAACCGAGUGGGACUUUGCCAAGGAUCGCGCAAUGGAUGUGCGCGGCGGCGAGGUGGCUGCUGCGCGGCAAUUCUGUAACAUGGCCGUCACCCUGUUUGAUCACAGCACCACCAUGUUUGAGUCAGCGCUCGACGAGGUGACGACGGCCGAACGGUCGCUCGAAUCAUUCCGCACCGUCCAAGAAGUGUUUGAGGAUUUGAAGCGGCGCAGCGGCCAGGCGCUCGGUUUUGCCAAAAUGCUGACCCGUGAUCUCGAGGUGGCCAUGCGCUACAAGCUGAUCUCUCACCCCGUCAACUACAUGACUCUUUGCGAACGCCUUGCCGACUCGGGCCAUGUCCUCCUCGUGACGGCGAGCUUUGUUCCUCGACGCCAAGCAACCGCCCCUCCUCGCGGAACGUUUUCCAGCAUUCCCACGACACCUCUCGAUUUGGAUGGCCAGGAUGGCAUGGGGUACUUUGAUGCCACGUCUUCGUCCACGACGCCACGCCUCGCCGUGGAGGAAGGGGAAAGCAUCUCGCCAAACUUCUGGGUGGUGGCGUCGCCGUUGCUCUCGCAGGCGGCCAUUGAACAGCUCCUCACUGCAUGCACGCCGCGAGAUGUGCUGGAGGACGACAUUGACGGCUACAUUGUUCUGAUCAACGUCCAACACGGCUGGUGCCGCGAGUGGAAGGGGCCUCGGCGAGCUGCGCGCGUCAACGCCGAGAUUUCGCUGGCCUUCGCCGAUAUUGACGUUCCCGGGGUCAAAAUCAUCACUGGGAAAUCAUCGCAGGUGCACAUUCAACAGAAGGUGUUUGAGGCCGCCUCCGGACUACCGAGCGACGUUCUCACGCCCGACGAACAGACCAGCACUCGCAAAUCAGUCGAGGAGCCCAUGUCGGAUCUCAAGGCAGCAUCGCUCAACCUCGCCCACACCCUGGUCCGUGGCGUCUACCGCAUUCAACGAUUCCUAUCGGAAGACGCGCUGACAGACACGGAGGCGCGUAUUCUGCGCGAGGUUGUGCAACGUGCAUUCAACUAUGCGUUCGAGUACCUGCGCGAAACGGGCAAGCUGGUGGUUGGGCAAACCAAGACUGCACUGAUCCCGGACUUGCUUCGCUUUGUCCUGUCGUGGAUGGAGCAUGUCAUUGUCGAGAACAUGGCCGACGAGGGCAGGCUCCAGCCCACCUUUGCCAUCCAGCAAGGGCUCACCUUUUUGGUCGACGUGUGUAGCCCCAUCUCUGAAAGCCCUCCCGAAUCUUCCUUGCCUUCCAGCGACGUGUGAAUGACUUUUUGGAUCGCAUCGGUCCGCUGGAAGGAGGCGCACCGCCGCCGCGCGUGGCCGCCCCGCCGUCGAGCUUGGGACACGUGUCAGCGCAUGGGUCGUCCACGUCGUUGCCCACCACGCCUCAUCGAAAUCCAUCGCGUACGCUCUUGCACGGCGGUGGAAGCUCUGGCUUUGGGUUUGGAAGUGGGACCACAUCUCCCCGUGUCUCGUCUGCGCAUCCGCCCAAUCGCACUCGCGCGCCUCUGCAGAUGCCAUCCCAGUCAGGCUUGGCAUUGUCGGCGGCCGACUUGGCGCACGCCGCUGCCAACGAGGUGGCUGAACGUUCGUCGCACAAUUCUCUUGCUUUUGCCUGCCCAGCACGAUCAGCGAUCGCAGCCGCAACAGCUGCUCAAGCUGCCGGGCUCGAUUCCAAGGAGGUCGCAGCCAUUCGGGAGCGCGAGCGUGCGACAGCACUCACCCGAUCGCACAACGCCCAAAUGGCGCACCUCUCCACCAUCGACGAGUCGCGUUACCUCAAACUGCGCAGCGAGAGAAAGGUUGGUUCGGUGCUGCGAGACAUUGAAGCACACUCGCACAAGGAAAACGAACUGGAGCUCUUCCAAGUCAACAUUCGCUGGCAGCGUGGUCAAAUGCUUGGCAAGGGCGCCUUUGGCGAAGUGUCUGUCUGCGUCAAUCUGGAUACCGGUGACCUGAUGGCGGUCAAGGAGUUCAAGCUCUCGUCUCAGAACAUUAUCCGACGGAACGACUCCAUCCGUCGCAUCCAGCGCGAAAUGGAGCUGAUUGAUGGUCUCGAGCACCCCAAUCUUGUCCGAUACUUUGGUGUCGAAGUCCAUCGCGAAGUCUUGUACAUUUUCAUGGAGUACUGCGACGGUGGCACGCUCACCCACCUGCUGCGCAACGGCUCGAUCGAGUCCGAAGACGUGAUGCGUUCGUACACGUACCAGUUACUGAGCGCCGUCGAUUACCUGCACACCAGUGGCAUUGCGCAUCGCGACAUCAAGAGCGACAAUAUUUUCCUUGACGCUCUGGGCAACAUCAAGCUCGGUGACUUUGGUGCCUGCGUCCGGCUCUUCAAUGAAGAGCGCACUGUCGCCGGCGAGCUCAAUGACCUUCCCGGCACGCCUGCGUUUAUGGCUCCCGAGGUCUUCAAGGGCCACAAAGAAGGCGGUCAUGGUCGCAAAGCCGAUAUUUGGAGCAUUGGGUGCGUGGUGAUUGAGAUGGCAACCGGCAACAAGCCUUGGGCCGACCUGGAAAUGCUGCAAAUCAUGUACCAAAUCACGGUCUUGGCUGCGACGCCUCCCAUGCCCGACCUUCUCAGUGACCUGGGCAAAGAAUUUUUAAAGCUUUGCUUCAUCAUGGAUCCGGCCAAGCGCCCCGCCGCAAAGCAGCUGCUAUUGCAUCCGUUUGUCCGGACGACAGUGUCCCGUUGAGUCGUUUCAUGCGUUUUGUUUUCACUUUUUCGAUUUUGACGUGUUCGUUUUUGUCGUUUGUCAAUAUUAUCAUAAAUUUUGC